AUGAUUGAAAUUCUGGCAGAUCAAGUGAGAAGUAAUGUGAUUUGCAAUGUCCAGGCAGCUAAAUGGUUUACUGUAAUUGCUGAUGAGGUGACUGAUGUUUCAAACAAAGAGAUAAUAAGCAUUGUGCUGAGGUAUGUCAAUUCUGAGACUCUCAUAAUACAUGAAGACCUGGUAGGAUUCUUUGAAUGUGACACCGGAAUUACUGGGCGUGCUUUAGCAGACAAAAUCACAGCUACUUUGAAGGACUUUCAUCUCAAUCUUUCUUUUCUUCGUGGGCAAGGGUAUGAUGGAGCAGGUAACAUGGCAGGUUCUGUUAAAGGAACUGCUGCUUUAAUUACUGAGGAAUACCCACUAGCCCUUUAUCUCCAUUGUGCUUCACACUGCCUUAACCUAGCAGUUGUUAAGUCACUUCAAAGCACUAAUGUUAGUAAUAUGAUAAAUAUAGUUGAGAGAGUUUAUCUUUUUUUUGCUUCACAUCCAAAGAGGCAGAGAGCAUAUGAACUUGCCAUAGCAGAGACCCAGCCAUCUUCAUCUGUCCAAAAAUUAAAGGAUUUGUGUCGUACUCGUUGGGUACAACGUCUGGAUUCUCUUUCCACUUUUUAUGCCAGAAGUCUUCACUUAGCUAUAAGCACAACUGAUUUUCUGUCAUCAUUGGUUGUUACUAGUUCCUGCUUACAAUACCUUCACUCUCUGACAGUUAAUCUUCAAGGUGAAUGUCUUGAUAUUGUAACUGCUGUCCAAGAGAUUGAUACUGUAAUACAGACAGUAAAGAAUGUCAGAGACAACAUUGACAGAUAUCAUUCGGAAUGGUUCCACAAUGUUGAGAAGAUGUGUGAAGUUACAGGUACUAUACCUUCUAUUCCUCGAACAUGUAGGCGUCAAACUCAACGUAGCAAUGUUCCAGCUGACACACUCUCUCAGUAUUUUUGUCGUACUAUUACCAUUCCUUUGGUUGACCACCUUGUUUCUCAACUAACUGCUCGCUUCACUCAGCACCAUAAAUCGGCACUGUUAGGGUUAUCCCUUGUACCAUCUGCAAUGACAAAAAUGAGCAAGGAGGCUUUCACUGAAAACAUAUCAAAGCUGUCUGAUUUGUACAGCAUUGAUUUGCCAUCUCCUGGUAGCAUGAAUAGUGAA